AUGGAUGUCCCCGGCACACAGGCCGUGUGGGUUAAGACAUUUGGCUGCUCCCACAACAUCAGCGACAGCGAGUACAUGGCAGGGCAGCUUCAGGAUUACGGAUACAGGCGAGAAUCAGCCGGUUGUAACCCGGCCGACCUCUGGCUGAUCAACUCCUGCACGGUGAAGGGCCCCAGCCAGGCGGGCAUGUCGUCCCUCAUCGCGGUCGGCAGGGCGGGCGGGAAGAGGCUGCUGGUGGCGGGGUGUGUGCCGCAGGGUGACAAGCGGCUGCCGGAGCUCCAAGGUGUCAGUGUUCUGGGUGUGACCCAGAUCGACCGGGUGGUGGAGGCGGUGGAGGAGACCCUUCGUGGCAACACCGUCAGACUGCUGGCCAAGAAAGAGCUUCCGAGACUGGAUCUCCCUAAGGUCCGGCGCAACCGGCACAUCGAGAUCGUGCCCAUUUCUACCGGCUGUCUCGGCGCCUGCACGUACUGCAAGACGAAACACGCCCGUGGCCAUCUGGGCAGCUAUGAUCCCGCGGCGCUCGUGGAACGAGUGCGGCAGGCGGCGGCCGACCCAUGGGUACGGGAGAUCUGGAUCAGCUCCGAAGACACCGGCGCGUACGGUCGCGACAUCGGCUGCUCACUGCCGGAGCUGCUGGACGCCCUCAUUGCCGUACUGCCGCCGGACGGCCGUACAAUGUUGCGGGUAGGCAUGACUAAUCCGCCGUACGUGCUGGAACACUUGGAGGCCCUCUCCGCGGCGCUCCGCCACCCGUGUGUGUUCUCGUACCUGCACGUGCCCGUACAGAGCGGCAGUGAUGCCGUACUCGACUCGAUGAAGCGGGAAUACACGGUGGCGGAGUUCCGCCGUGUGGUCGACACCCUGCUAGCCGGGGUUCCCGGUAUGGAGCUGGCCACGGACAUCAUCACCGCCUUCCCCGGGGAGAGCCCGGGGGACCACGUGCGUACCUUGGAGCUGCUCAGACAGUACCGCUUCCCACACACACACAUCUCCCAGUUCUAUCCUAGGUCUGUGGGGGCGAGGGGGGAGAGGGGAGGGUGCGUGGGUGGGCGUGUCGGUGUGGGUGGGCGGUGUGUGGGCCGUGUGUGGGUGUGGGUCUGUGGGGUGCGUGGGUGGAGGAGGGGUGGAGGGAGGAGGGGGGGGGAGAGGGGGGUGGAAGGGAGGGGGAGGGAGGGGUGUGUGUGGGGGGGCGUGUGUGGGUGA